AUGGACACGGACAGCAGUGGACCACCGCGAAAGCGUCUCCGGACAUCGCAUGCUUGCGAUGUCUGCCGGGCCCGCAAGAUAAGAUGCAAUGGAGAGAACCCUUGCGCGGCCUGCGCCGUUGCCGAGCAUGAGUGCACGUAUGGGUCGGAGGCCAACUCUCGCGGCAAGAGUGAUCUCAUCCUGGAAGGGGUGCUCCGCGUAGAGAGGUUCCUGCACGAGAUCAAUGCCAGCCUCGGUGCACAGGCACUGCCUACGGUCUUCCCAGAGCGCCGCCUCGCUUUGCCGACGGCCUGCUCUUCGGCCGAGAGCUUCUCCAGCUCGCCAUGCACCGAUGUGACUCAGCGCUUCCCCCAGCCGCAGCAGCAGAGGACUCCGGUCAGCGAGGUGCACCAGCUGAACAGCCUGGAGAACGCCGUCCUCGACUCCAUGCACACCUCGACCACCGAGUAUGUGCUUCAGUGGCCGCAUUUCGAUGUGUUCCCGUCUCUGCGGAAUGACUACAUCUCCAUCUUCCAGCUGGAGCAGAGCCGGCCCGGAUACCAGACAAGCAGCGUCAGCAGCAUUCCAGAGUUGACGUCGGACGAGAUGAAUGACAUCCUGCUGUCCUUCGAACACAACAUCAACUUCUCGUAUCCCACCAUGUCGCAGCCCCAGCUCGAGGCAGCGCGCCACAUCCUGAUGUCUCGGGCCGUGGACCAGCCGAGCCAGGAGAGCUGCUUGGCACUGCUGACCAUGGCGUUGGGGUGUGCGAGUCGACUGACCUCUGACCUCGUGCCCAAUUAUGCCUCUAGCCAGCAUCACACAAGGUGUCAGCACCUUAACUACCGAGAGCUGGGCGACGGGUACUUCAACAAAGCGCUCUCUCAACUGCACGUGGCCCAUACUGGCAUCACGUCCACCGCAACCCAGUCUCUGUUCUUUGUUGCGAUGUACUUUGCCUUUCUCCGGCGACCUCUACAGGCAUGGGAGUACAUCAACGCGGCAGCAGCCAAGUGUCUCCUGCUCUUGUCGUAUCCACCAACCCGAGACGAGCCGGAGGAGCAGGAACGAAUACGCAGAAUCUUCUGGUCCUGCUACAUCCUGGAAAGUGACUACCUGGCCGAGCUCUCCGCCCUGCCGCAGUCCGGCAUCGCCCGCAUCGAGAGCUCCAUCCCCCUGCCGGGCGAGUACCACACCCACGCCGCGCCGGACGAGGAGGAGCAGUCCUCUCUCUACUUCCUCGCCUGCAUCUCCAUGCGCCGCCUGCUCAACCGCGUCCACCAGCUGCUCUACGCCCGCGGCACGGGCGCCUCCCUCGACCCCUCGCGCUUCCCCUACGUCGUCGCCGAGCUCGACCACCAGCUCGAGGAGUGGCGCGACGUGCUCCCCGCCGCCUUCCACUUCUCGGUCGACUACGAGGCCGCCGCCGCCGGGCCCCCGGCCUCGGAGCACGGCGGCUUCCUGCGCCAGCGGUACCUGACCUGCCGCAGCGUCAUCUACCGGCCCUACCUCAUGUGGAUGCUCAGCGGCGUGGGGGGCACCGAGCUGGGCGGGUGCGGCAGCGGGUUCGCCGUGUCCGGCGAGGUGCUCAAGAACUGCAAGACGUGUCUGGACGCGUGCCUGCUGCACAUCCUGAACCUGCGCGGGUUCGCGCACACGGUCCUCGUCGACACGUGGAUCUGUUCGCUCUCGUGA